AACAAUCAACAGCUGAAAAAGCAAAACUCUGUCGAUCUUACGGGACAGGGCAGAGGAUCCCCCCACGUCCUCUUUCUUAAACCCACGAAGCAACACCAAUCAUCAGCUUUGUCGAUCUUUAAUACUUGAUGCUCUGGCGCGCCGGCGAUCCGACGCCCGCGAAUCCUCGUAAUCCUCUCCUCUAUACAUGUUACUACGCCGCCGCCGCCAUGCCUUCAAUUUUCUUCACGAUCCUCUCUUAGCAUCAUCAAUAAAAAUCGAAUCUUUAUCGUCGUUUUCGAGCCUCCCCGCGACUGCGUCGACGCCGAGCGACGAAACGCACUCCGACCUCCUCGCCCUCUGCUCGAACUCGCGGUCGCUUGCCCGGACCAAGCAAUGCCACACUCUGGGAAUCGUGGGUCGGUCCCUCCCUCGCAGCGUCUCUCUCUGCGCUUCGCUCAUCUUGAGCUACGCUGGCCAUGGGGACAUCGCGGCGGGCCGCGUCCUGUUCCGCCAGACUGUUGGGCACUGCCACACGGCCUUCUUGUGGAACACACUCAUCCGGGCUCACUCCGUGUGCGGAGCUCAUGAUGGGUUCGAGACGUAUAACGCGAUGAUCAGGAGCGGGGUUCGGCCUGACGGCCACACGUUCCCUUUUGUUCUCAAGGUUUGUGCGGAUUUUGCGGAAGUGAAGAAGGGGAUGGAGGUUCACGGGGCUGUGUUCAAGUUGGGUUUCAAUGGUGAUGUCUACGUGGGGAACACCCUUUUGCAGUUUUACGGUAACUGUAGGGAUUUGAGAGGCGCAGGGAAGGUGUUUGACGAAAUGGAUGAGAGGGACAUUGUUUCGUGGAAUACUGUUAUUGGAGUCUUUUCGGUGAAUGGUUUGUAUCAGGAGGCUUUUGAGUUUUUCAACGGCAUGAAUUCAAGGUCUGCGAUGAGGCCUAAUAUGGUGAGCAUUAUUAGUGUUUUGCCAGUAUGCGCCGGAUUUGAGGAUGAAGCGAUGGCGUCUCAGAUUCAUGCUUACACGGUCAAGCUUGGGUUGGUUACAAAUGUGACUGUUGGGAAUGCGCUGGUGGAUGCGUAUGCAAAGUGUCGGAAUGCAGUGGCUGCGAGGUAUUUUUUUGAUGAGAUGGUUGAGAAGAAUGAAGUUUCAUGGAAUGCAAUCAUAACGGGUUUUGCAUAUGGGGAGUGCAAUGUAGAUGCUUUGAAUAUGUUCAGGUCAAUGAUCUCUGAGGGUAUGAAGCCAGACUCUGUCACCAUUUCUAGUAUGCUUCCUGUGCUUGUUGAAUUACAGUUGUUUGAUUUAGCCGAAGAGGUGCACGCAUACAGCAUACGAAUGGGUAUGGAAUCUGAUCUGUUCAUCUCCAACUCUUUGAUUGACAUGUACGCAAAGUCUGGCCAUCCAACUAUGGCUUCUAGUAUGUUCAACAAAAUGAAGGUCUGCAAUAUAGUGUCAUGGAAUGCUAUGAUUGCUAACUUCACUCAAAACAGGCGAGAGGUUAAAGCUAUAAAUCUUAUACGAGAAAUGCAAGUUCAUGGUGAAGUUCCAAGCUCAUUAAGUUUCACAAACGUGCUUCCUGCUUGCGCCAGGAUGGGUUUGCUUUCUACUGGAAAAGAGAUCCAUGCAAGGACAUUUCGCAUGGGACAGUCCUUUGACGUGUUCAUCUCCAAUGCCUUGACAGACAUGUAUGCAAAAUGUGGCUGCUUGAACCUGGCCAGAAAGGUUUUCAGCAUGUCAUGGAGAGAUGAAGUAACGUACAAUAUACUAAUUGUUGGCUAUUCUCAAACUAGUUAUUGCUUAGAAUCUCUUAGUCUAUUAAAAGAAAUGCACUCCAUGGGUAUGAACUACGAUAUUGUUUCCUUUGUUGGAGCUAUCUCAGCUUGUGCAAACAUAGCUGCAAUCAAGCAGGGUAAAGAAAUUCAUGGGCUGCUGGUUAGGAAACAACUUCAUAUGCAUCUCUUCGUUGCAAACUCACUGUUGGACUUAUACACGAAAUGUGGAAAGAUUGAUAUUGCCAGAGAAGUAUUUGACCGUAUACCACACAGGGAUGUAGCCUCUUGGAACACUGUGAUCAUGGGUUACGGGAUGCUGGGAGAAAUAGAGACUGCCAUCAGCCUUUUUGAAGAAAUGAGAAAUGAUGGUGUGGAAUAUGACUCCGUUUCAUAUAUUGCAGUAUUAUCAGCAUGUAGUCAUGGAGGGCUGGUUGAGAAGGGAAGGGAGUACUUUAAAGAAAUGCGGUGUCAGAAUCUUGAGCCAUCACAGAUGCACUAUGCUUGUAUGGUUGAUAUUCUUGGCCGAGCUGGCCUUUUUUGAAGAAGCUCUGGAACUAAUUAAAGGCCUGGCCUUUGAACCAGAUGUUAAUAUAUGGGGUGCUUUGUUGGGGGCAUGUCGUAUGCAUGGGAAUAUAGAGUUGGGCUGUUGGGCAGCUGAUCAUCUUCUCAAGUUGAAGCCAGAUCAUUGUGGAUACUAUGUACUUCUUUCCAACUUAUAUGCAGAAGCAGGGAGAUGGGAUGAGGCAGAUAGAGUGAGAGAAUUGAUGAAGUCAAGGGCAGUGAAGAAGAACCCUGGUUUUAGUUGGGUUCAGACACCCGAUAAAGUGCAUGCUUUCGUGGUCGGAGAGAAAGUAGAGGAUUUAGAUCUGUUUGCUCGGCUUGCAGAAGCUGGCUAGUAUGUUCUAAAAUGGACAUUAAGAAGAGUGGCAUAUCAGCCAGGAUUUUAAAUGCUCACUGCAGAGUCUACCCUGCAACUUAAGAACCAAGGAAAAAGACUAGAACAGCAGAUGAAAGCUUGUUAAAGUACAACAAAUUACCUAAAAAAAGAAAGGGGAGCAUCCACCCUUCACGAGAAUGGAAUUUACAAUGCACGUGAAGAUCAAAUGGAUGUGAGCCAUGAGACUUGAGGGAGGAAGGCAUCAUUGAGAAUUCAACAGUGGACUGUAGAAACUGGAGGUAAGCAAUUCCGGAAGGAUGCACGAUCCCAUUUAACUCUCACCAGGUAAAGCAAACUUACUAGAAAAGGGUGUAUCCGAGUUUCAGAUGAGAUUCUUUGUGGGCAUGAGAGCGCAUCAGGAUCCAUCUCGAUGCGGCACAUGCUACAGCAGUAGGUCAAGACAUUAUUGUCUGAUCUAUUACACACAACACAUGGUCAAUCAAACACAGAAUCCUUGGCUCAGAGGAUGAGAGGACGUUGUGGAUGUGAGAAAUGUCGGAUUGCUCUGACAAUUGCUCAGCACAUGAUAUGUGAAUUUUGAGGGAUGGGCGGUGAUGGCAGGAAUAGCUCUCCCUCGAGCAGAUUUUCUUAUGUGAGGAGCACAUAUCAUCAUCCUCUUUCAUGAGAGCCAAAGGUUGCGUAAUUGUUGGAUUUUCCCAUCCAACGAACUCAUAUCUUGUGGUAGGCUUGAGAGCACAAUUGGGACUCGGUGAAAUUACAGUCCCUGCACCAAUAUAGAAGCUUGCUGUCCCAUUGGCCACAGCCGCAGCAGGCAUUUGUCAGUCCACUGAACACCAAGGGCAGAGGAUGGAAAGGAUGAAACGGAUGGUUUGUGUGUGUGUGUGUUUGUGGGGAGGGGGGGUGUAAUUCAGCACAAGAUUUAUGUAGAUGGAGGUCUUCACAUUCUCUGCACCUAUGAAUAAGGUCCAAGCAGGAUCGGCCGCAUGCAGAGCAAUUAAUUCCAUAAAUUCGGCCCAGAUCUACCAGUCUGAGUAUCAAGGGGUGAUGGUGGCUGAAGUGUUGAGUCUCCAUUCUUUUGAGGUCUUCUCCUGAAUGGUCCGACCUAGGAGCAGACACCCAAUGAUUUUGUUUAUUUAAGCGUGGUCUCCUCACAAACCGUCAAGCGCAGAAAGGCAAAGCCAUACGGAUGGAAAACUGUAAGUUCCGAGGAAGAAAGCUGAAACUAGGUCUUCUUUAUGGGGUUCAUUUACUGUCUUCUCUUUUUUGCUCUUGGGGAACACGAGAGCUCUCAUUCAUCGGCCAUUCCACAAUCUCUAUUUUCAAAUACUUGGCAUAGGGAACAUCUGCAUUCAAUUAUCCAUUUUGCCAUUGUAAGAUGAACAUUUCUUGUAAUGUGAGCCCCAUGACAGACC